UUGUAUCUCGAUGGUCCCAGACAAGUAGAGUGCUGUGUUCUCAUCACCAUCGGCGAUUUGGGUCUCCUGCAAAACCCGUGUGAGAUCACAAGGAGCACGAUGGGUGUAUCAGAUGUAGAAGCUGACACCGAUGCAGGGCCUGUUUUGGACCUUUCAACCCGGGGUUUACAGAAGCUGGAUGCUGGCUUCAUGUGUUCUCAAGACACUCACACUCUCAUCUUGGACCGUAACCAGAUCAUGAAACUGGAUUAUCUGGAAAGAAGUCCCAGCCUUCAGCAGCUUUCUGUAGCCAACAACCGCCUGGUGAGGAUGAUGGGUGUGUCACGGCUGACGGAGCUGAGAGUUUUAAAUCUUCCCAAUAACAGUAUCGGCUAUAUUGAAGGUUUAAGGGACCUGCCUCACCUCCAGUGGCUCAACCUGUCUGGAAACCAUAUUAAGGUCAUUGAGCAGCUGAGCAACUGUGUUUCGCUUCAACACCUGGACUUGUCUGAUAACAACAUCUCUACUGUCGGGGAUCUCACCAAACUAGUGGCAUUGAGGACUCUGCUGCUCCAUGGAAACUGCAUCACAACGCUCCGGACUGUCCCGACGCACCUGCCAGCCCAUCUUUCCAUUCUCUCCCUGGCAGAAAAUGAGAUCAGGGAUCUCAACGAAGUCUCCUUCCUGGGGUCUCUUCAGGAGCUGGAGCAGUUGUCCAUCAUGGCCAACCCCUGUGUGAUGGCCAAUCCCUUGCUGCCAAGCUUCGACUAUCGGCCGUACAUCAUGAGCUGGUGUUUGAGUCUUAAGGUUCUGGAUGGCUACACGGUGUCUCAAAAAGAAGGGCUGAAGGCAGAGUGGCUGUACAGUCAGGGUAAAAGUCGCUCACAUCGACCCGGUCAACAUGUGCAGCUGGUUCAUUACCUGGCCACAGUUUGCCCUCUGACCUCGUCGCCGGCUCUAGAGACAGCAGAAGAUGCUAAAUUGGAAAAGAUCCUGAGUAAACAGAGGUUUCAUCAGAAGCAGCUGCUGGAGGAGAUCCAAGGAAGCUGUGCCAGCCCUCCGCGCCCGACUCAGCUGGACGUGGAAGUGCCCGACCACCAGACUCCACAAGAGAGGGCCCGAGAGGUGAAGAGGACCUCUGCAGCAUCACCUACCUGCCUGCUGUCAGACCUGGAAACAGAGCCAGUCGUGCAGUUCAACACCUGGGUGGGUUCUGACAGCCCCAACGCUUCUCUACCGGUCGUCUGUAGCUCCAGAGUUGUGGAUGAUCCUCUGUAUUUGGAAGACGUGCAGACUGAGGACAAACCCAGCGUCGUCCUUCCCUCUGAGUCGACCUUUCUUCCGUUCAACUCUGAGUUGGAGACACGCUCUGACAGCGAGGAUGAGACCGAGACAUUUGAACCCGAUUCUCUUGCCCCAAAGCUGCCAGCGCAGUUGAAAAAGACCAAGAAGACGUACGUGGCUGAAGGAGAGUCAUCGGGCGGAGAGUUUGCUUCUCGUGAAGCGGCGACUCCUGCGGUCAGCGAGGAAGCGCCACCAGCCGAGCUGCCGUCAGAAAGAAACGACCCCCCCAAACAACAGAGCCCGGCACAGUCAGCCUCCAGGCUGAGCACCGUGGAGGCUGAGAGAGCAGCUGUGAAAAUACAAGCGUGGUGGCGAGGGUGCUUGGCUCGGGCUCAUCACCCCGAGUGCAAAGAGGUACGCAGUGAAAUCCGCCUGCGCCGGAUGCAAGAGCACAUCCUGUUCUUAUCGGAAAAGUUGGACAGAGUUCAGAAGCAGUUUGAAGAAGAGCGCCUCCAGAGGAUGGUGCAAGAGGAGGCGGUGAAGUUCCUGUGGAAAGAGCUCCAGUCUAUGCAGCAGUGGAAGGAGUGUGUUCAGCAGCAGCUCUCUGCUCGCUCCCCUGCUGCCCCCGCUGCACAGCUCCCCCCACCUGUAGCCUCCAGCACCACACACCCCGCCAGCAUGGGUGCGUCUUUCCCAGACUCCGGCUUCCAAACCACCAGUGACCAGCAGGCGGCGCAAGAAGACAGUUUCAUGAGCAGCGGCACCACAGACUCUCUGAAGACGGUCCGAGCACUGAGCCCUUUCAACUGUGGCACCGGCGCCGACAGUCCGGACAGCAGCCUGCUGGAGCAGUACCUGUCCUCAGUCCAGCGGAGGGAGCAGGAGGCCGAGGAAGGGGGCAGCGACAGAACUGAACCUUCACAGCCUUCCUCACCGGAGAGGCCUGAAUACACCUGUCCUGAGGAAACUGGUGAUGCACGUGAAUGACUCCCGUCUGGAGCUGAUUCACUGGAGCCCAACAUACAUCGACACUUAUUUAUCAUUCAGCUCAAGCAGUCGCAACUGUGCACUUUUUUAUGGAGCGAAUCGUAACUGUAUGAAUGUACUUUUGUACUGACAAUCCAUGUCUGUGUUGAUGGUGAAAUGUGGUGAAACGCUCUCUACAGGAGUUGAGCGUCCACUCAGUUGUAUUGUAAUUGAUUUCCAGAACAGGUCCCGGCGAGGCUUAAAUUAAAGUUGA